AGAGGCGUCUGCCCGCUGCCGCUUUCAGCCAAUCCGCGGAGUGUUUGAUCCUUUAGCCAGCCAAUGAGAACUGAGCAUUCGAGGCACCACUUUUAAAGUUUGGCGUGCCCGGCCGAGUUGCCGUGUUGUGUAUCCAUGGGAGAAACUUUAGAAGAAACGUUGAGCCGAAAAGCAUAAACCUGAGGCAACGUUUUGAGGACAGUAGGAGUUUUCUGGGCGAUAAACGCCGAGAAAGGCUGUUUAAUAUUUUUCGGUUGGUUCUUCUGGAAACGGGUUAAGGAAAUGCCAUCUCGGGUUGAAGAUUAUGAAGUCCUGUUCACUAUCGGCUCUGGUUCUUACGGAAAGUGUCAAAAGAUACGUCGAAAGUCGGAUGGCAAGAUUCUGGUCUGGAAGGAACUGGACUACGGCACAAUGACUGAAUCGGAGAAGCAAAUGCUGGUCUCAGAAGUUAACCUACUACGUGAGCUCCGCCAUCCCAAUAUAGUUCGCUAUUAUGACCGUAUCAUUGACAGGACAAAUACGACGCUUUAUAUUGUAAUGGAGCAUUGUGAAGGAGGAGACCUUGCCAGUCUCAUUACCAGAUGUAUUAAAGAGAGGAAAUAUUUAGAUGAAGAGUUUAUCAUUAAGGUUCUAGCUCAAUUAAGUAUGGCAUUGAAAGAGUGCCACAGAAGGAGUGAUGGAGGCCAUGUCGUCCUUCAUAGAGAUCUGAAGCCAGCUAAUAUCUUUCUUGACUACAAACAGAACGUCAAACUAGGAGAUUUUGGACUAGCCAGGAUUCUUAAUCAUGAUACCAGUUUUGCAAAAACAUUUGUGGGAACUCCAUACUACAUGUCUCCCGAACAAAUCAAUCGGAUGUCAUACAAUGAGAAGUCGGAUAUUUGGUCACUUGGCUGCUUGCUGUAUGAGCUGUGUGCAUUGUCGCCUCCAUUUACAGCUUAUAAUCAAAAAGACUUGGCUGAAAAGAUAAGGGAGGGAAAAUUCCGACGCAUUCCGUACAGAUAUUCUGAGGGAUUGAAUACUCUAAUUACGCGAAUGCUGAAUUUAAAGGAUUACCUGAGACCUUCAGUUGAAGCCAUCAUCCAGAAUUCACUGAUAGCAGGAAUUGUUGCAGAUGAACAGAAAAAUUAUGAGAAGACCAGGAGAAAAUCAUCAGACUAUGAGAAACCUCUGCCAUCAGAAUCUUCUGCCUCAGAACUAAAACUUAAAGAGCAACAGUUGCAGGAAAGAGAACAAGCAUUGAAAGAGCGAGAGGAAAGGCUUGAACAGAGGGAGCAUGAGCUUUGCCUUCGAGAAAGGCUAUGUGAGGAUAAACUUGAAAGGGCUGAGAACUUGAUGAAGAACUACACGCUUUUAAAACAGCGGCCAUUUUUGACGCCUGCCUUUUCUAAUGUGAUAGAUGAAUAUGUGACUAACUCCAUUGGCAAGAAGAAAGUUCACUUUGCAGCAGACAGAAAAGAGAAUCAAAUGUUGGAAGGUGCCAGGGACAACAUUACUCACAGUAAAGAUAAAUGUGAAGAACUAAAAAAGCGACUGCAAGCAGCAAAUCUUCAAGCAAGAGUCUUGGAUGAAAUGGAGAAAAAUUACAAUACAAAAAGCAAACUGAUUCUUGGAAUGCGUUAAUGUAAAUAAUUUGUAAAGAUGUACUGUAUAUAGAAUUUUAUUUAUUUCAGAAAGUGCCAUUUGGCAUUUUUUUUACAUUUUAUUCUGUAUAUGUGGGUUGGCAGGUGCCAUGGGUCUGUUAGGCCUUAAGUACCCGAUUUAUUUUUGUAUUGUAAAUCAAGUUGUAUGUGUUUCAUAAUGGAAGAUCAUGUAAGCAUGCCAGUGACUUACACGAAGAACACGGUCUCAUCCUAAAACUACACACCACUCUCUAUCGCAGAUUUAAAAGAAUAGUGCUAGUAACUCUUAAUUCUAAAGUCAGCAUCUCACACCUGUAAUUUAGGAAAUGGAGAGACAGGACUAAAUGCUGCCAUCUGCUGGACCUGUAACCUGUUUGCUACACCGCAGCAGUGGCAGUGAACCAGAUUCUUUUGAUUUUGACAUUACUUUUAGUGAAUUGUACACUCAGCACUUGGUGUUUGUUGAAAUAACCUUCCUCUGCACUGCUUCUUGCACAUUUGUGAUAGAAUUAUGCUGUAGAAUAUGACAACACUCGCAGGGUAAUUACUGCUUCAACAUUAAGUUCACCGUUACUCUGUUUUAUUUCUUUGUAAGGUGAACUUUAUUUAAAAAUACAGUACAGUUGGAUACAAACCUCCUUCUGCUACUUAAAAAUGCACAAACAAAAGAAAAAAGUUCUACCUCCAUUCAAGGGACUUUAAAUCAGUUCAGCGUUGCCACCUUAUCAUUUGUUAUAAUUGCCUUAAUGUUUUGUAUAUAUUUUUGGACAUUAAUAAUGAAAGACUUUGUAAUCGCUGUAAAUCAAAAUUUCUUUUUUAAUAUCUGAAAUUGAAAUACAGAGCUUCACAGGUUGUUUUAUAUACACAUCAUGUUAUUGGAACAAAUGCAUCUGAAGAGAAUUAAGAAGAAACGUUUUAAAGGGGGUGCUGAAGUAACUGAUGUUGUAUGAAAUAGUCUUGAGAGUCACGGAUUGGAAAAAAUAAGUCACUUUUAUGGCAGGAGUUUAGCUUUGUCAUUCUGCAGUGGCUUUAGGAAGCUAGGUCUGAAUAUCAAGGCUGUCUACUGUGGACACUUUUCUCUAGUGUCAUUUCUUGUGACUGAAGACAGAGAGAUAUAAUUAAAGUUAGUAAAAAUAUUUUAUUAAUA